UUUAGGUUUCAUUCUAUUGAUUCCCAUUCCCUAUUUUCAUUUCAGAAGCAGAAGCUUAGUACGUUAACACCAUGAGUGUUGCUGCAACGGAACCUUUGGUGGUCCCUUUAUUAUAUGAUCCAUCUUUUAAAGUUGAUGUGCGUCUCCAUGAGCCACUUUUGGGUAGCUCCACUCAGAAUCUUGACCUAGAUGUUGAGCUCAUGUCUCUAUGUUCACAGCUAGACAUGAUAUGUCAGAAAGAACUUUCAAAGCACAAACAAGAAAAGAUAGAACAUGGGAAAGUAAGCAGUGAUUUUACAAACAAAGCCACUGUGGUUUGUGACAGGAUGCAGCAGUUGAUCCUGAGGUCAGGCAGUGUAAACACAAGUUUGCAGCAAUACAUUGUCACCAAGCGUUUUGAUCUCCUUUUCCCUCGAGCUGCAGCCUACAUGGAAAAUCCAAGUCAUUUUAACUUGAACCAGCGGUCCGAGGGGAUGGACAACUACUACACAGAUCUCACCGCCCUUCAGAAUCUGUCUGGCCUGUCCCGCCAGAUCAACUCAGAUUUAUCCAAUUUAUCUGACCACAAAUAUAUAGCGCAUCAAAUGGCAAUACUCUAUCAAUCUUUGAACAAUGUUGGACACCCAAUAUUAGAUCCUUACAAAAAAAGUAUAGAGGAAAAUUUCAAAUCCAUCAAAACCACGCUUAGUCAGGAAUCAGAGUCUGGCAAGAAGCAGUUGUACCCUGAACAGAGAGAAUGGUUUCUGAAUUUGACAAGUGGAAUAGUCAACACGAUCAACAGUUUUCCAGCUGAGUUAACAGCAGAAAUGUUGCAGCCUGCUCUAAUCCUCAUGAGGUCCUCAACUUGAAUUCCAUUCCUGCUUAAUGCACUCAAGUCCUCACUGCUCCUCAAUUAGUCCUUAUUUUCACAUGGUCUCUUACAUUAAUAUUAACAAAGAGUUCAGUCUUUGAAAUCAUCAGUUAUAUUCAUGAUUAUUAAAUAGAUGAACAUAUUUUUUUGUUUUAUGUAUAUACAGAAUUUUUUUUCAGUCUCCAUUGUGUUCAUUUUUAUUUUUACAUUUGGAUUUUGGUUGCUUUAAGCUUCUAUCAAUCUUGAACAUUUCCUCUUGCCAUAUAUAUUUUUAGCAAGAAGUUUAGAUCGUCUUUUUUUCUAAUGUAGUAUACUUCACUCAUUUAAAACAUAUCAUUCUAAAUUUAUUGAAGAUCUGCAGGGUUUUGCAUCCAGAUUUAUAAUAUUCAUUGUAUCUAUCUCUUUCAUAAGUACAAUGUACAAGACCAUUUCUCAGUUUGCUCUACAAAUUUUGUUCAGUUGAUGUUCUUUUUAAUGUACAUGAAUGCUUGUUUUAAACAUGGAAGUGCUAAAUCACAUAGUCAUGUAUUCAUACAUCUGCUAAGUUGAGUGUCCCAAAAUUCAUGUAACUUGAUGUGGAAAACUAGUCAAUAAAUGGUAGCAAGAUAUCAGAAACAAUGAUUAUUGUAAUUGAAGCCAAGCUUCUAUAUGUGUUUAUUAUUAUCACGAUUUAUUAAUGUGCACAUGAGUUAGCAAACAAAAAACAGUACUGUAUGUGGUAGAGAUGAUUUAUGCUGAAAUAUAUAACUUGUGAUACUUGUCACACAAGAAAGUGGACAUAAUUUUAUUUUGAUCAAUGCUAUUUUUUGCUUUUCUUAGAAGGAAAGAGAUCUUUUUUUAUUUGUGUCUGUGUCAGAAAAGUGCAGCAACUUUUACCAGUGACUCUUAAAUUAUAUUCAGAUUUUUCUGUAGAAUUGGAGAGGAGAAAAUUACUUGUUCAGAAAUAUGAAAAUUAUCUAAAAUGUAAAUGAUUUGAAAUUUCAUAUUUUUUUUUAAUAUUUUGAAACAAGGAUAUAUGAAAUUAAUUAAUAAAAUAUAUGCUCGUUUUGUAAACAUACUUGCCAAUAUGUGUCUAACAUAUAGUCUCAAUGAAACUGUUUUCAUACAUGCCAUUUUGGAUUGAAUCUCACAUGCUUUUGUUUCUGUAUCAAGAAUGGCGUUCCAUCAUUAUGUUCAUGCAAUUUUAAUUAUGCAUGGCUAUAGUUUGUGUAAACUUAAAACCAUGCAGAGCCGUUCAUUUGCUGUUUCAGUGUUAUCAGUAGUUCUGGUUUACAUUAGGCUGUUUUGAAUAAAAUAUAACAUAGUGAUUGCAAA